CGAAGCGGACCUUUGUGGGAGCAAUUGGUUUUCCUUGCGUUUCAAUGGAGCGGAGGUAGAUGUGUGGAGCCCAUUGAAUUUGUAUUGGAAGCGGAAUAAUAGAGCAGAUACGGUCAUUUAAAUAGCAGGGAAACGGAUAUCACCCGGCACGUCUAAUUAAUCAGCCGUUUUACGCUUAUUUUGCGACACACGGAUUGGACUGUGCAUUGUCAAUAGCGUUUUAUCAAAAUAAAAAGAUACAAAUAAAAACAUAUUUUUUACCUGGCUGGAAGCACGGAGUUAUAUGCGUUUUUCCCCUUGCUGGACAGUAAAUUACGCAUGCAAUUAUUUUGGAACUACAACGACACGUCCAUUCAUUCCUUUCACCUUUUUAUGACUUGUGACUGAAUGAAAACUAUAUUUUGAAAGUGCUAUUAAUUUUUGUAUACCAGAGCAAGCGGAGAUAAAGGAAAAAAAAGAUUACAUAAAUCAGCGGUUGUUUUUAGUCACUUUCCAGUGAGAUAUUCUUCCAUCACCAAUGCAACAAAACUGCGUCUUUUUCUACGAAUCGAGAGCUGUACAGAAGCGCGAGACCCCACCUCCGUGAAUAUUGCAUCGCCUUCUAGCGCGUGCUGCAUGAUCUCAUUCAAUUUUUUGUCAGCCAGAAGAGAGGGGCAACGAUAACUUUAAACGGUUAAGGUUACUGUGUGAUUUUUUUCUUCUUCUAAAUAUUAGCUUCAAGACCUCCGCAGAUCUGAAGCAGGCAGCUGUUGACACGCGCAGUGAAAAUUCAACACUAACAAAGGAAAACAGAAGCCAAGACAAAGAGCCAUCUACCUGGAUGAAACUGAUCAGAGUCCCAGCAAGAAAUACAAGUUUUCUAAACUAGAUGAACUAUAAUUGUUUUUGUGAGCCAAGGGAUUUUUGAAGUAAUAUUGAUUUGCACAUAUUGAAGAUUUUGUAUUUGUCUUUUUUUAUCAACUGCUACCAAAACCAGUGCCAUUAACUGUGCCAACCAGAAGAAAUUAUUUCACCUGUAUUUUUGCAUUUUUCUUAAUCCAUUUAAGCCAAGACAGCUUUUAUCCACAGUCAACGCCAACACUGAUUUUAAUUUUGACAUUAUUUUCAACAAUAAUUUUUAGUAUGAUAUCAUGUAACAGUUACCAAAUUUAAAAGUUUCGUUUCGUUCUAAAACAAAAAGCAGUUUUUGCUCCCCGAACUAGGGAAAAUAGUGCUUUAUUGGUUAAACAUGCUUUAUGUAAGAGUGGAUGUUAGUAAUGCAUUAGCCUGAGAUAGAUCGGCUCCUGACUGAUUGAUCGAUGGAUGGACAGGCUUAUGGAUGGCUGGCACUAGCCUCAUUAAACUUUCCAAAGUUAGCCGCUGCUAAUUUUGUUGAUUAGUCGUCCGUUCCUCUAACAAAAGCCCAUUUAACUCUCCCUCUCCAUCAAAUCUCUUUAGUCAUCAAUCACAAAAUCCUUUAUUUUUUUGCUCCUCUCUCCUCUUUCUUUUCUUUUGCUUCUACAGAAUUUGCAUGUUUAGAACAUGCAGCAAAAUCCUUAACAGUCUUGUGUCUCUAAAGGGUUAAAUACGGAAGCCAUACUUCUCAUAGCCAUAGUAACGUUAAGAUCCCUGUCAUCAUUUUAAAGAAAAAGGUGGAUGGGUGUAUUCAGGAAUAAUUUAAGAGGUCUGCAUGACAUUCGGCCAUAUUCACCAGCGAACCACUGACGCAUUUACUGUGUUGUCAGUGGGACCACGUUUAAAAUUGUUAUGCUACUUCACCGUACUCAUUAACACUUAGAAUAGGACUUUUGGGUGGAAAAAUUAUCGAGUUUGCUUGUUGGUCCCCACGUGUCCCACAUUGACGGAUGAAUCCCGACUUGUUCAUGUCUGUUCAGUGGGCUCAACCAUGCUGUCCUGCCAGAACUGGGCCCAAGCCCCCGUUUGUUUUAUUCUGUUGGGUUGAGCUAAAUCCAGAGCAAAGACACUCACGCAAGAGGGUCCAACGCACAUAGACUCUCAAGUAGACAGCCUUCACCUUGACUCAGUCUAUUCUUCCAUUUCCUCUCUUAUUCUGAACUCUUCUUCCUUUCUGGUCGGACUUGUGUUGUCAAACCAGAAACUAAUAUACCUGCUGCUUAUUACACUUUGUGAGUGUCCUAUAACUGACUACACUCUUCCAAAGCCUUUGUAAUGAGCCUUUGUCUGGCUGUGUCGCCUUUAGAAAAAGAUCAGCUCUUCCCCGUUGUAAAGUUCUGAGGAUUAAUUUCUGUACUCUUUAAAGUUGUACUUUCAUUGCUUAGUCCUACCUUAAUCUCAAGCCUCAAUGACUUCCUUCUGAAACUUAAGUGAAGUACUUAGUAUUUUUCCGUGGACAUUUCUUGAGAACUGACACUGUUGCAUAGCAGAACCUCAAUGACGUUGGCGUAUUGAAAUGUAGUCUCGCAGUCAUUCUUAUUGACUUGAAAGCCUAAAGCGUCAAACAACUGAGAUUUGUUUACAAGACAACAUCAGUUCUUGGAGCUGACGAUGACAAUUGUUUACAAGUCACAAGGAAUAGCUAAGUAGUAUUUACUGUUUCCCUAAGGGUAAUACAUUAUUUAUUUCUAUAGAGUUGUUUAGUGGGUCGUUGUGUAAGACAACUGAAGUGCCAACCCGAACAGAGAACAUUUGUGAAAACAAGUAGACUUUGAGAAAUAGUUUACACUCAAACAGAAAUGUUUACAUGUUUCCGAUAAGAUGAACACCGAUUGAGUUUUGAAUGAAUUGUUAGUGCCAUAGAUCAGUUAUAUACACACCUUUAAGAAGAAGCUGUACCUUUGACUUUUGUGACACUUUAAAAAGUUUACAUGGUUUACAGGACUAAAUUGCUCAAACAAAGAAUCAAAUCUUUUUUCUUUCUGUUUGUAUUUAAAUAAUUUCCAUAUUUUUCUAAACUGUUGUUUAUAGAAUUUUCCAUAGAGAAGAUUUUAAUCCAAACAUUUAGUUUUGUGCCAAAUCAAAGUUUUAAAACAUUCCAGCUCACACUCAUUAAAUUUAAACAAGCAUAAAACUUGUACAUAGAUUUACCUCAUUGUUGCGAAUAAUCCACAGAAUUAUGUUUACACCCUUACUGAGAGUCUCAUGCCAUGCUUUUUAUCUUUAACCUGAACUCCAGCACUUGGAUGUGCAUUUUGCAUAUUGAAUAAUUUGCAUACUAGUGUAUGCACAAGUGAAAGAGAAAAUAACUUUACGUCUUAUUUAUUCCCACACACUGACUUGCAACUUUUGAUACACGUCUCUUCAAUACAUCAGCUUUUUGUAGGCUGAGGAGUCUUUUGUAUAAAGGCUUCACAUUUUUUCAUCUUUGAUUAAAAAAAAGCCCCCUCUACCAAGAUGCCACCUGCUGUCAUCUUGUUUUUCCUCCUUUUUGGCCCUGUGCUCUCCACUGUAACUAUGACCUCGGAACACUCCUCAGUGAAUGAGGGGCCAGUGCUGUUUCUGUUACGAGGACGCAACCGCAAGGUUGCUCCUUCCCAGCCGGAUAUGCAGGGAAAGGAAGCUGCUGCCAUGGCAGCAGAGCCAGAGGCGGCCGAGAUCCCUCCAAAACCCCUCCCACAGAUUAUGCUACCCCGCAAUGUGACAGCCGAUGCCCUGAAGCCCCCACUGGGCGCCGCCCAGGUGGUGCCGCCUCCACGUCGGCUGGUGUACGUAGAUGUCUGUCGAGGUUACUUCGAUGUGAUGGGACAGUUUGACAACACUUUCAGCUGCACCAAGGGCACCUACAUCUACUGCUGUGGCACCUGCCAUUAUCGCUUUUGCUGCGAGCACCAACGUAACCGUCUAGAUCAAGACUCUUGCACUAACUACCGCUCACCUGAAUGGGCCAUCACGCCAGGACCCAUCACCCAUCCCCCAGUCCGCCACAACCCAGAUUUUGACCCACUGCAGCAACAAAGCAACAACACAGCAUAUGUCAUUGGGGGAGUCAUCUCUUUUACGAUGGUUAUGGCCAUUGGGGUAAAAGUGGCCUUCCAUAAACUGUCUCGUCGACCAAGGAACAGAGACAUCAACAUGCCUAGAGCACUGGUGGACAUUCUGCGUCACCAGUCCAGCCCUGUCCAGCAAGGAGAGAGAAACAACAGUAUGGUCCUUACAACAGCCACCUCCAGUGAGGGCACACGGGGGCGGCCAUCUAAAAACUUCUACCCUCCUGUCCUCCAGAGCAAAGAUAACCGAAUUGGGAAACCCAAUUUUGUCCAGACUGGGUCCAGUCCUAAACACACAGCUACUAUCGAGCGAGUUCCACGCAUGAACAACACCCAGCUGGUCUCCACAGGAACGCUGCUUUCCAGCAAGCACAAUAAUUCUGGCUUUCACCCCUCUCUCUCUCAUUCCUUCCACAACCUUGCCCAGCUACCUCCAUCAUAUGAGACUGUCACGAAACCAGAGAUCAACCGCUAUAGCUCCCUCAAGAGACUAGAAAAAAACCUGGAUGACUAUACUGGAUACUACACCUCCAAGCGAAGGCCAACCAACGCUCCACCCAGCUUCCACUCCUCCCAGCACCACCUGCACUGGGGCGGUGACUUUACACUGGGUGCCAGAGGUACUCUACCUCUUCACGCAUCCCGCACGCGAAUCCAUGUGCCCAAUUCCACGUCCACCCCCAACCCCUACCCUUUACCCACGACACAGUAUAACCCCACAUUCCACUCAAUGAGUAAGCCACCUCGCCGGGUGAUGUCCCAAGAUCAGCUUCUGGCGCUGGGGGAGGGUAACACUCUCUCACACCUCUCCAAGAACCAGCAGCAUCAGUAUUACAAACCCAUGACCACCAGCAAGAGCUCCAACCAGACUUUACGCAAGUCUCACGAGCGCCUCCUGGUGUCACCAGACCGCCUGGAGGAGAGAAUGAUGGGUGGGGGAAUGGGUGAUUACGGUGGAAUGGUGCCCACCAUGCCUCGACUAACCCACCACCAUAAAGCGCAGUCCCAGCAGAACGUAUGUGUGACGCCCUCGCUCGACCGCCAUCACAUGAUCAAAAUGAAUUCGCACCCUACCUCCGGCCGUGAGCAAGACCACAUGGUCCCGACCAUGUCGUCUGGUCAUGGGGGCGGGACUUUGGGUUGGGGGGAGGUUCAUGGUUCCGGAGGAGGACCUGGCACGAUGGGCCAUAGCGCUCGGCGGAUGGCCUUUGCAACAAAACGCCAGAACACAAUUGAACAGCUGCACUUCCUCCCCGGAGGAGGUGGGGGAGGGAGUGUUGGUCAGGCACUUAGGACAGGGAGCAAGAAUGAAGUGACCGUGUAAGAGAAAAGAAAGAGAAAAGAUGGCUAAGGAGAUGAUGGACAAAUGAGGUGUGAUUGCACAAGCCGAGGAGAGGGAAGACAGUGGAGUUUAAAGAAGGCUAUGACUUAAGACAGAAAUGAAGGAGGAAAAAGAGGAAGGGGAACAUAGAAAAGGCUUUGAGAUGAGAGGGGUGUACAGAAAAAGGCCAUGGCAAGGGUAUACACAAUGUAUCGCAAAGCCUUGAAUGAGAGAAAGAGGGAAAUGAAACUAUACCAUAAGUUAUUCUGUGGAUCCCUAAACUGCUAAAUUCUCAAUAAAUAGAAACAUGAAGAGGGGAUCCAGAUCUCCUCUGAAUGUGUGUAGCAUAUAGUUAGUAUUUUCAUGGCACUAUUCAGAAAUGUUCAGAAAAGAACCAAAUACACAGGUAAAAGUAGAUCAUUAUUAGAAUAGGGCAAGUUUUCUGUAGUGAGAAAUUCCAGCUCAUUAUCUUCAAUUGGUUUAGGGUUUAAUUCCAUUUAAUUCUGUUGGAUUAGAUGACAGCAACUGACCGAUAGAACCUUGCCUCAGAGUUUGCUGAAAGUCAUAUUCAACAGUAGGACAUCACACAAAGAGUCAUUCUCAUGGAGGUGUAUUUUGUCAGUCAAAUAAGGGAACAAUGACAUAUUCUGGAUGAAACUGAGAAGGUGUCAAAUUGCACUGAAUUACCUCAUGGAGACUAUGAUUUUAACAAUCUCAAAACAUGACUUGGGACUGAAUUGUGACUUGAGGAAUACUGUGCGCAUUGCGGUGUUUGCCAUCCAGUGAAACUGUUGACAGACAAAUGCUUGUGAUCUGUCAAACAAAAGAAAGCAGAGAACAGAAAAGGACAUCGAAAUUGUCACUCAUUUUGUGACCUGACUUAUAAGUCUGCACUGUUAAUAUAAGUUCAAAUGUCAUCAGCCAUAUUAGAGCUUAUUCAUAUGGAAUACAAUGGAGGGAAACAUUUUCACUGGGAGAUAAUAUAUUGAACUAAUAAUCAAAGAUUUUUAGCCUCUUAUAAUGAGACUGUGAAUUCUUAAAGUUGACGAAUAAUUGUCAAUUUGUUGUUGAUUUUUUGCAUUGUGGAUAACCUUUUGGCUGUUUUAUAAUAUCUUUGACAGGCUGACAGAUUAAAUAAUUGAUUGAGGGGUAAAUCAGGUAAUACUGUCUGAACUAAAAAUGUAUGAGCAACCAGAGAAAACUGUAAUUAACACAUUUUAUUAAACGCAGUCUCAGCCAUUCAUAUUUGAUAGUUCAAAACUGAUGAAACUCAUGCCUCUUUCUUGCAUGUUUGACCAGUCAAAGGACAGCUUAGUAUGACGACAUGAUUCUGGAGUCAUUAUGGUUGUUCUGUUAUUUACAUGUGUAUAAGAGCAGAAAUAUACAGUAAUUAUAGGCAUGCACUAAUGUCAAAUAUUAAGACUUAAACACUUAAUUUGCAACUCAAGCUGUUCACUAUUUAAGGUUGUAUUAGAGGGGGAAAGGGGAAAGGGGUUGGUUAUACAAUGGACAAUUUAAUCCAAGGGCUAUUCUGAAACUUAUUCAUGUGUGUCUGUGCUUCCGUGUUCUGAUGGCUUUUUAUAUUUUACUGCGUCAAUGUUGGAGACACGGUUGUGUGGAACAUUGAGGCUAUAUGCCAAUGAGUGAACAAAACAGAGCAAAAUAGAACAAAUUCUGCAAAGCUAAUUUACACUUUGUGUCACACUAGGAUGUGUUAUUAUCUAACUGAUGAGUUAGGAUUUAGGAGUGAAAACCUGUCACGUUUAUCUAUAUUAUAUUCUAGUAAAAUGUAUUUUUUUGUUAGCGAUUUCUGUGUGUUUUGCUGCUGUCUACAAAUCAAAUGGACAGUGUUGUGGUGGAAUGUCUGAGAACGACCUGGCUGAGGAAGAUUAUUGGGCCAUAAUAUAGUACUUUAGAUUACUCUGCAGUGUUUAGCUUUUAUUAACACUGAAAUUAAAUCAGUUGAAAAAAACUAAAAAAAUUUUUAAGUGAAUCCUGAAUGUUCAAAUAUGUACACAUGCCAAUUUAUGUGCAUAUAUAUAGUCAUCGAUAUUAUUAAUAUUCUUGAUUAUUAUCAUUUUAUUUUUAUUUUUUUUUCUCUGUGACUUUAAAAAUUGUUUUUAUUUCUGUUUUCUGUUUAUAUUGGUCUUUCUAGUGGAUUCUAACCUUUGUAACUCAACAUAAAAAAGCAUAUGCAAUCAUAGUGAAAAGACGAAACGCAUGAAGAUGUCAAAGCCAGUGUUGAUGAUGUCAUAUUGCUGACUACUGAUGUCAAGGUGUGUAUGUGUCCAGUUUGUGUGUCUGUAUUUGUGUGCUUGUGUGUAUUUCAGUGUCUAUUUUGGAAUGCUUUAUCUCACAUUUUACCUGACUUUGUCUGAGAAUGUGGAUUUCAGAAAACCUAAGGGAUAUUAAAAUCAAAAAUAUGAUUUUAUUUUUUAAGUGUGUCUCUUUGAAUGCAAAAAAUAAACAAAAUAAAAAAAGUUUUCAAUUUUCAUUGCUGCAUUCACCAAAGGUAUGGAAAAGAGAAUAAAACAUACUAAAGCAUUUAAUAUUUUUCUCAGUAUUUUUGUGAAGACAUAAACAUGUGCUAUGCCAUUAAGUACAUAUAAC